AUUUGAUCUUAUUAACACUUUUUAAUUUAUAAUUACCAUAGUACCUAAUAAUCUGAUCAAUGUGAAUGCGAAGAAAAACAAAAUCAAAAGAAGGAAAUGAAAGGAACAUGUUUGAUUCAACAUGAAAAAGAGAGGAAAAACGCGUUAAGGAAUAAAGCGUAAAGAAUCAAAGGAUAAGAGAGGCCUACGACUUACGUUAAUUAUCAAUUGCCAUUUCUUGAAGCAUAAAUAUGAGCGGUGAUUCCACCUCCCUAACUCUUCUAUAGCCAGACAAAUCUUAAAAGGAGAAAGCACUACUGUUAUACAACUUGUCCCACGCAUUCCACUAAAAAGAAGCUUAAGAGCAGCUAAAAAUUCAACGAAAAGACGGACCAAUGAAGCAACUUUAAGCAAAUCCCAUAUAUAAAUGCUGGUGCCCUGGUAGUGAAAUGCAGAAGCUGGUUUGCUAAUUCUGAUUUGGUUUUGUUUACCAAUUGUGAAAAUGGGAGCUGUUUGGUUGAUUUCUAUAGUCAACUUGAUGAUGGUAUUGUUAGUUCGGAGCCUGGAAUCAGGAUUGCAGAAUGGAUUUUAUUCUUCUUCAUGUCCAAAGGCUGAGGCCGUAGUAAGGUCUACAGUUGAAUCUCACUUCAGUAAAGAUCCUACUAUUGCUGCUGGCUUACUCAGGCUUCAAUUCCAUGACUGCUUUGUUCAGGGCUGUGACGGUUCAGUGUUAAUCUCUGGCUCUUUUGCUGAGAGAAGUGCAUUGCCAAACCUUGGCCUAAGAGGAUUUGAAGUAAUUGAUGAUGCAAAAGCACAGCUAGAAGCUCUAUGCCCUGGAGUAGUCUCAUGUGCUGACAUACUAGCGCUGGCAGCUCGUGACGCUGUUGACUUGAGUGAUGGUCCAAGUUGGACUGUACCGACAGGGAGAAGAGAUGGCAGGGUGUCUUCAUCAUCUCAAACCUCAAGUUUACCUUCUCCACUUGAGUCCAUCGCUGCUCAAAGGCAAAAAUUUGCAGCUAAAGGCCUCAACGAUCAUGAUCUCGUAACUUUAGUUGGCGCACAUACCAUUGGCCAAACGGAUUGCUUGUUCUUCCGAUACCGCUUAUACAACUUCACAACAACUGGAAGUGCAGACCCGACUAUCAACCAAACUUUCUUAUCACAACUUCAAGCUCUUUGUCCGCAAAAUGGUGAUGGCUCGAAAAGGGUUGCAUUAGAUAUAGAUAGCCAGACCAAAUUUGAUGUGAGCUACUUCAAAAACGUGCGUGAUGGCAAAGGAGUCUUGGAAUCAGACCAGAGGCUCUGGGGAGAUGAUCCUACGCGUAGCAUAGUAGAAAACUAUGCUGGGCACAUUAAAGGAUUGUUGGGGUUAAGGUUUGAUUUUGAGUUUCCUAAAGCAAUGAUCAAGAUGAGUAGCGUUGAGGUGAAAACUGGCUUAGAAGGAGAGAUUAGGAAGAUAUGUUCAAAGAUUAACUGAUUGCUGAUAGAUUACUUAACAGUAACAGAAUGAUUUGUAAUAACAUGAAUUAGUAGAUUGGGAAAUAGUAAAUCUAUAUUAAAAUAAAGGAAAAAUUGUAAGAAGUUGUAUUUUACAAUUUGAAAUAUGAUUCAGGGAUUCAGUUUUUGAA